CAUGUAGAAUGAGUUGGUGGAGCCCCUGUUAUCAGGACUGUACUCUCAUCCUCUGCCUGAGUCUGGAGACGAGAGUCUCAGUGUGCAGCCCAGCGGCUCUCCUGAUGCCCCGAGCUACUCCUUCCCUCUCCCUCCUACUCACUCCAAAAGACUGCCAGAGAUACCCACUGAUCACAACCUCACCUACUUCUACACCAACAUCCACUACAACGUUCUCCUGCACCUCUUUGCCAAUAUGAUAUUUGAGAGAAGAAUAAUCAUCACGUCAAGUUCACUGAGUCUGCUCUCAGCAAGUGUUCACGGAGCUACAACGCUUCUAUAUCCACUUCACUGGCAACACAUCUUCAUUCCCAUCAUGCCGCAGCAUCUCAAGGACUACUGCGGAGCACCGAUGCCAUUCCUGAUGGGAGUUCAUUCAUCUCUCAUGGAGGAUGUCCAUCGAAUGCCAAUGGACGAUGUCGUCAUUCUGGACAUGGACAACAAUGUGAUAGAGUCACCGCACGUAGACGACCUGGGUAGCAUGCCAGGCGAGGUGAUAGCAGAGCUGAAACAUGUCCUGAAGAAGGAGUCUUCUGGCUACGGGGACAAUGCCUGCAAGGCCUUCAUGCUGGCUAUGGUCUCCAUGAUUGGCGGCUACCGGAAGGCCCUCAAGUUCAGAGAGGGAGAAGCAGAAGUUGUUUUCGACGAAGAAGCGUUCUUCACGUCCCGGCUGCAGAUGGAGGAGUUCCUGGCAUCUCUCCUCCACUUCCAACACUUCCGACAGUUCAUCAACACCAAGAUAGACCAGCUCAAGAAUCGAUCCAUCGCACGGGAUCUCUUUGACAUGGAGGCCAUGUUCUAUGAUGAUGAAAUGAAAGGAACGACGCAGGAGAAAAUCAAGACGGCAUUCAACAAGUUUCUCACUUCAACGAGGGUGAGUGUCAGGUCCAAUACUCAUGGUGUUCUAUGUAUACAAUAUGCAUUUGUGUUUGAUUGUGUAUGUAACGACGUUUGAUGACAGGGUGGGGGGAAGAGGCUGAUGGAGAAGAGCGAGAAAUUCUCCCACCAGCUACAGAAAGGAGUUACAAAAGGGUACGGCAAGAUAGUGGACAAGAAGUCUUUUCAGAGGUUUGUCAAAGACACAAAGAGAACUUGGGCCGAGUUGGGAACAAGGGAUCGCAUCGAGGACUCGGGAGAGAACGAUCAGGUGAUGGUGACGGACAAAUCUGGUGUCAGUCUGUCUCGGAGCAGCUCCAGUCUCUCCAGCUCCAGCCUCCCUCCUGCCUUGCUAGUUGCACAGGCAUCCAAGAGGCCUCCACCUCGAGUCAUUCCCUACCACAAACACCAGGAGGGGAAGAAGCGAUUGGCGGAGGUCCUCAAACAGCAGAACCAACGGACCUCGGUUGGCUCCCUGGACCAGGGGGCAGUCCUCAAGAUGUUGGCCUCCCCCGAGUCCCUCCAACCUCCGGACGACCUGGCAGAGAAGGCCAGUCUGGACAGCAGAGGGUCCACCGAGGCCAGUAUUAGUAUCUCAUCCGGAGAGGUGGCCACCGGCACUCUCAUUGACCUGGCAGAUGUGCCAAGACAGACUGCAGUGGUAGAGACAGAAGAAGGGAGGACGAGAGAAAGGACAGAGGAGGAGAAGGAGGGGAACAGGGAGAGAAGUAACACUGGCUCUGACUCUAUGGUCUCCACGGCCAGCAGUAGCUCAGAGGAGCUCACUAUCUCCACAGUCAACCAAAGAACAGGCUGGGUCAACUUUGAAGAAGACGACUCUUUCAAACCACCUCUCCCUCCCCCGCGCUCUGAGCUGGACAACAUAUCCGGGGGAGGGGAGGUCCUGGUGAACCCUCUCGUUGAGACUACCAGCGAAGAAGUGGUUGACUUUAACCCGUUUGCCACUACGGACUCUGGACCAGCAGCGACGGGGAGGGUAUCGCCGUUUGAGGAUUUCGGUGCUCAAGUUGCUCAAACUCUGUUCAAUCAGUCGCGAAACCGUUCUAGUCUUGAUUCAUACACGGCAGACCUCAUGGCUACGGCUAGCCGGGACAUUUACAUGGCUCUCAACUCUACUAGUCACCCUCCAACUAUCCCCGAGAGAAGAGAGAGUGGUGUGUCUCUUCCCGAACCUCUCGCCCCCACCUCUUCCUCCGGUAGUCUGUCUAGUUUAGAGCGGGGGAGCUGUCCACAGACCGUUCCUUCCAUCAACCCGUUUGCGCCUCCUCCGCCCCUCUCGUCAGCAACUAACGGGUUCCCUCCGAGUCACCCUCUGGUGCACAGAGAGUGGGUCCGUCCGAAAGGCCCUCCGCCUCCAAAACCGCAGCCUUACUCGGGGAAACCUGUCUCUGUGCUUUGCACAGCAGCCAGAACUGACGAUCCGUUUGGGAAUUUGCUCGAGGGGCUGUCAAUGGAGGCUUAUGCAAACUCUCCUUCUUCUUCUUCUUUGUCUUCAGUCAACAAGUGCAGUUCACCAGGUGGUCAGUUGCCACCAUCAGCAUCUCAACACACUUCCGUAGAGUCUCCACUCGUGUAAUGUGUGUCCAGUGUAACAUACCGUUUUGUGUUUUGUGAAUGUUGUGCUGUUUUUUCGUCCAAUUUUUUGCGCAGUUAACAGAAAUUGUAUGAAUCAUACGUGAUGUGUGUGUGUGUAUGAUCAUGCGUGUGUGCGCAGCGAGUAGAGGUGGAUCCUAUUAGAGGCGAGAAUGGCUACCAGUACGUUUCUCCUGCUCCUGGUCUCUGCUACAGCGACUUGCUGCCUGGCCUCCAGCUACGACCUCAAUGCCUGCACUUACACCGGCGUCAACGGGAAGGUCUAUGACCUCUCACCGCUCAUUCCGAAGAACGAGAGUGGCUACGUGUGGACACAGACGGUGUACGACACGACGGGGAACAUCCUCACAAACCCAGACUUCUCAAACCCGGUCAAGAAGACCCUCCAGGUCCACGUCUGUAGGAACAUCACCAAAGCCAUGAACACCAACUGCUCCUCCAAGGGACUUGCCCCGGUCUACAUGAACGAUGACAGUAGUGGAGAGUGCAAUGCAUAUGGGAACAUCAGGACUGCCAACAUACAGCCCAACCCUUUCAAUGACGGGGUGUUCAUAGACUACUAUGGAGGAGAGGCAGAGAGCCACAUAGUCCAGUACUCUGCUCGACUCUACUUUGUCUGCAAGGCAGGCACCACGCUGGAGGGCCCAACACUGGAACAUGUCAAAGACUCUUACACUGCACACAUUCGCUUCAACACGAAGUAUGUGUGCUAGACCACACCUCUGCUAUAAUAUAUAUAGCUGUGUAGGUUCACUGUGCUGGUGAACAAGAGCUGUUUUAAACAUUGUGUUUGAGAUUUGGAAUAAUAAAUUUUGAGUAUGUACAUAUAAGG